AAAGUUUGGUUACCAGGUUGAUAAAAAUCUGUGGGGAAAGAUGGCGACUGGCGCGUCAAAUCCAAAUAAUCCAGUCGUUUUUUUCGAUAUCUCUAUCGGAGGACAGGAUAUUGGAAGAAUGAAGAUGGAAUUAUUUGCUGAUGUUGUACCAAAGACUGCUGAAAAUUUCAGACAGUUUUGCACCGGAGAAUAUAGAGAUGAAAAGUCAACCCCCAUCGGUUACAAGGGAGCUACCUUUCACCGAGUUAUCAAAGAUUUUAUGAUCCAAGGAGGAGACUUCGUCAAGGGGGAUGGCUUAGGUUCUAUGUGUAUCUACCAUGGAAAUACCUUCCUAGAUGAAAACUUCAAGAUUAAACAUGAUGGACCAGGCAUCCUGUCUAUGGCCAACUCUGGACCCAACACAAAUGGUUGCCAGUUCUUCAUAACCUGUGCAAAGUGUGACUUCUUAGACACCAAACAUGUUGUCUUUGGCAAGGUGAUUGAUGGGCUUCUGGUCAUGAGGAAAAUAGAGAAUGUACCAACUGGAUCUAACAACAAACCGAAGAUACCCGUUAUGAUUUCACAGUGUGGAGAACUUUGAAGGUAUUCACUGAUUUGUCUGGAAGGACAUCUUUGGAAAGAUGUGCCAGUGCUAGCCUAAGACUUGUCUGUACCAAGACUUGUCUGGAUCGGAGCGGACUAUUAAGGGAGGUGAUCCCCAUUCCUGGCUAUGGAUUGACAAUAGAGGACGCUGUUUAACAAUUUUUGUCAAGCCGAGUAUCAAGAGUUGCAACAUGAUUGCCACCAAACUACAUGCUCUGCUGUACACAUUAUGAACAGCCAUUUUGUUUCCAACAUCUGAAGCUGGUGCUAUUCUUUCAAUAUAAAGCUCAGUUCCAUGCAUGGCAGUUCACUUUUCAGCAUCGCUGCAGUACAACAGUAGAGGGAGCUGUUCGUAACUGCUGGCAUUGACUGACCAUUCCUAUGAUGUCCCGCCAAGAUUUGUCAAUGCAUCAGUUAACAGUUGUUGACCGCUGUGGUGAGGGAGAAUGUCACAUCCCACACCACAGCAGUUAACAAUUUUGUCACACCUCUGUCUUUUUAUCUUUUUAUUUAAGGAAUUUAUCCAAAGAAACAAGCUCUGAAUUUCAGAAGACGAUAGGCCUAAUGUCAAACUGUAUAAUUAACUGAACAGAUGUAAACAUCAUCGUCUGCAAAUGCCCUGUUCUGAAACUGGUGCGGGUACCAGUGGUACAUGUAGUCUGGUUAGCGGUCUGUGCAUUACCUUGUAUGUAUGCUGCAGGGUCGGGAAUGAGUGUUGUAUGAGCAAUUUCAUUGAUCAAAUUCCCUGGUAGCCUAUACACAAAAUGUAUCCUGGGUACCACUGAAAACUGACUUCAGCACUACCUGCUGGCACGGA